AUGGCUCAGGUCAAAUAUUUAAUAGAACAGGUUGAACAAAUUUGUGAUGAUUUAAAAGACAAAAAUGAAAUUGCAAUCGUAGAAAAAUAUAGAAGCAAUGCAAAACGUUAUACGGCACAAAUAACAAUACUUAGCGGAAGCGUUGGGUUUAUUUUGGCGGGAAUUGAAUUAUGGCCAGAUUUUCAAGAUUUAUUCUUUUCAGUAAACAAAUCUCGAACACGUCACCUGCUGAUUGAAACCGAGUAUUUUAUCGAUCAAGAAAAAUAUUUCUACUUAUUGCUAUUUCACAUAAAUGCAUCUUUCUUCAUAGGAGUACUUACAUUACUAGCAACAGGGACCAUGCUCCAUGCAUAUCUUCAAUAUGCCUGCGGAAUGUUUAAAAUUGCUAGUUAUCGUAUGGAGAACACAAUGAAGAUUUAUAUAUCACAAGAUUUUAAUCUGCGGAACAAGAAUUUUGUUCAAGAGGGUAUAAUUUAUGCCGUAGACAUUCAUAGGAAAGCCAUGAAGUUUUCUGACUAUUUAAUAUCCAGCUUUGAAGUAUCAUUUAUGUUUUUAAUAGUGUUCGGAGUACUUACUUUGAGCCUCAAUAUUCUUCGAGUAGGUUUUAUUUAUAUUACAUCAUUAAAAUUUAAUAAUGGUGAAAUUAUAAUACCUUUGAUAGCAUUCGUUUCCUGUUUUUUAUACAUGUUCUUAACCAAUUUUACCGGGCAAGAAAUUACAAAUCAUUACAAUUAUUUAUUUGUUGCUGCGUACAAUGCUCAGUGGUACAUGGUUUCUUUACAUAUACAAAGGCUUAUAUUGUUACUGUUGCAAAGAAGUAAUAAGUCAUUUGGUUUAAAUAUUGGUGGAAUGUAUGUCGCAUCUAUAAAAUUUUUUGCUACGCUGAUGAACACAUCCAUGUCUUACUUUACGGUUUUAUAUUCAAUGCAGCAAUGAGAAAAAAAAGUAUUAUAAUAUAG